AUUUAUUGGUAAUUUGCCUCAAAACAUUUGCCAUGGUUUAUCACUUCGGUACUUUGUUGCAAGCAACAAUCAUUUGGAUGGCCGAAUCCCCAAAAGCUUCAAAAAUUGCACAAGCAUAGUCAGAGUCUUCUUAGGAGGUAACCAACUCAUUGGAGAUAUAUCUAAGGACUUUGGUGUCUAUCCAAACUUGACGAUCAUAGAUCUAAGCCAUAAUCAAUUUUAUGGACAGAUCUCAAGUAAUUGGGGACAGUGUCCACAGCUACGAAUACUACGAAUGGGCAACAACAAUAUUGCUAGUAGAAUACCACACGAGAUUGGAAAUUGGAAUCAGCUAGGUGAACUUGAUCUUUCUUCAAAUCAUAUAGUUGGGACCAUUCCAAAAGAAUUCGGAAAGCUGAUUUCUCUAAUAAUAUUGAGGAUGAAUGGCAAUAAACUCUCUGGUGCUAUACCUUUUGAAUUUGGGUCAUUGAAAAAAAUUGAAUAUCUUGACUUGUCCUCAAACAAGCUGAGUAAGUCAAUUCCAAGUAAUUUUGGGGACUUCGAGAAAUUGAUCGACUUGAAUUUAAGCCACAACAAUUUUAGCCAAGGGAUUCCAACCCACCUCCUGAAGUUAUCUCAUGCCUCCAAAUUAGACAUAAGUUAUAACUCUUUAAAUGGAGAGAUACCAUCAGAGAUUAGCCAAAUGGAGAGCUUAGAGAUCUUGAAUCUCUCCCAUAAUAAUCUUUCUGGCUUCAUUCUGAAAUCUUUCGAACAAAUGCGUGGCUUGUUGCAUAUUGACAUAUUCUACAAUGAGUUGCAGGGUCCCAUUCCCAAUAGCAAAGCAUUUUUAGAUGCUCCAAUAGGAACAUUAAAAGGGAACAAAGGAUUGUGCGGUAAUGCUACAGAUCUACAGCCUUGCAAACAUAGCUCAAAAAGGGGACAAAAAGUCGUGUUUCUUCUCGUUUUCCCACUUUUAGGAGCAACUUUUGUUCUACUUUCUUUCUUUGGGAUUUUUCUCUUUAUGCAAAGAAGAAAGACAGAUCUAGAAUCCAAACAAAGCAAGACCGAGGGCCAAGUACUGUUUCUUUCAAUAUUACAUUUCAAUGGAAGAACAUUGUAUGACGAAAUCAUAAAAGUGACCAAUGGUUUUGAUGCUCUAUGUUGCAUUGGGAAAGGAGGACAUGGAACUGUCUAUAAAGCAGAGCUAACUUCAGGUGAUAUUGUAGUUGUGAAGAAAUUCAAUCGACCACUGCAUGAUGCUGGUGAGAACAGAUUUCAAAAGGAGUUUCUGAAUGAGAUAAGGGCAUUGAUGCACAUACGCCAUCGAAACAUUGUUAAACUUUAUGGUUUUUGUUCCCAUGUGCAACAUUCCUUUUUGGUUUGUCAGUAUCUAGAGAGGGGUAGCUUGUCCAUAAUCUUGGGCAACGAAGAUGUUGCUAAAGAAUUGGGCUGGUGUAAGAGAUUGAAUAUUGUUAAAGGUGUGGCAUAUGCCUUGUCUUACAUGCACCAUGAUUGCUCCCCUUCGAUUAUUCAUCGUGACAUAUCAAGCAGCAACAUCUUGCUGGAUUCUCAAUUUGAGGCUCAUGUUUCAGACUUUGGCACCGUAAAGCUUUUAAAGCCAGACUCAUCGAACUGGACAUCAUUUGCAGGCACUUAUGGAUAUGUUGCACCAGAGCUUGCUUAUACAAUGAAGGUAACUGAGAAAUGCGAUGUGUACAGCUUUGGCGUAUUGGCAAUCGAAGUCAUUAGAGGAAAGCAUCCAGGUGAUUCCAUCUCCUCACUAUCAAUGCCGUUAGCUAUGGAGAACAUACAGGUGAAAGAUGUGUUGGACCAACGGCUUCCAUUUCCAACAGCUCAAGUUGAAAAUGAACUUAUAAUAGUUGUAGAACUAGCCAUGAAAUGCUUAAAUGCCUAUCCCCAAUCAAGGCCGACGAUGCACAUGAUUUCUCAAGUGUUAUCGACCAAUAUUGCAAAUUCCUAGAGCCAUCCAGAUGUGCAUUCCAACAUGAAAGCUGAGAAUUGAAGGUUAUAGACUGUUGAGAUAAUAGUUAAUGAGAAU